UUAUUCUUGUCAUUGUCUGAAAUUAUAUUUGAAUGUUAAGACACAUCAGUGUCCGAGAAGUCCUAUUUUAUGUGCUCAUCUCAAUUCUCAAACUGAAAAAAGAGAAAAACGAAGAUGGCGGCUUGCACGUGUGCGUUAGUUCAUAUGAGUGGCUCGUCCCACAGAACACCAUUCGUCGACAACUUUAAGGUUUCAUUGUCAACGUCUUUCACUCCAUUGCUGACGACGUUGCAGCAAAAUCUAUCGCGCCUGCGGAUUAAUUCCCCUUAUAAAAGUAUCCGCGAGGCUUCUGUGAGGAUGUUGGAUGCUUUUGUUGAUCUGAUGUUCGAAUUUGUCGAUGAUCCACGACAACCAUCUCAGAGUAACUUUGCUCCGGUGGAAGAAACAGGCGAACCGGUGGAGGUGAUCGCCGUCGAAGGGGAAAUUCCAGCUGAUUUUACGGAGGGUGUUUACAUAAGAAACGGCGCGAAUCCUGUCCAUGGAGGCCUUAAAUCUGCAGUCUCCAUUUUCGGAAAGACAAGCUGUGUGUGGAUAGAAGGAGAAGGAAUGCUACAUGCUGUCUACUUCAAAAGAGAAGCUUCUGGAAACUGGACCAUCACUUACAACAAUAGAUACGUCGAAACAGAAACGUAUCUGCUAGAAAAGGAGAAGAACAGGCCUUACAUUCUCCCUGCAAUCGAAGGGAACCCCUCUGCUGUCCUAAUGAGUUUUCUGCUGAAUUCGCUGAGGAUUGGGACACCGAACAAGCUCUACAGCAACACCAGCAUCAUUGAACACGCCGGUGCCUUCUACUCGGUAGCAGAGAAUCAUUGUCCUCAAAAGAUCGAUAUUCGGACAUUGGAGACGUUGGGAAAUUGGAGUAUUGGUGGAGCUUGGACAAGACCGUUCACUAGUCACCCAAAGAAAGCUCCGGGAAGCGGCGAGCUAGUUAUCAUUGGAACCGAUGCUAAGAAGCCUUACAUUGAAGUCGGUGUCGUCUCAGCUGAUGGGACGAAGCUCGUUCAUAAGGUCGAUCUCAAGUUUGAAAGAAGCAUCGUCAGCCACGAAAUCGGAGUUACACAGAGGUAUAAUGUGAUCCUCAAUUUUCCAAUAAUCCUCGACGUGAACCGGGUUCUGAAGGGAGGAUCGUUGAUAAAGUACGAGGAGGGGAAGUAUUCGAGCAUUGGAGUAAUGCCGCGAUAUGGAAAUUCGGAUUCUGUCCUGUGGUUUCCGGUGGAGACAGGCUGUGUAUAUCAUUUGAUUAACUGUUAUGAAAAUGGCGACGACGAGGUUGUCGUGAUGGGAUGUAAAGCCCGGGAGUCAUUCAUACCUGGCCCCGACUUUGGCCUCGACAAAUUUGAAUGGUUUUCCAGAGGCCUAAAACAUGUCGAUGAAUGUGGUGAAAAUAUGGAUCAAGACGGUAAAUUAUUCUCCCGAGCUUAUGAAUGGAGGCUGAACAUGAAAACUGGAGAGGUGAAAGAAGGUUAUCUCACCGGGACAGAAUUCGCCGUAGAUUUUCCUCUGAUCAAUCCUAAAUUCACCGGCAUUGAGAAUAAGUACGCGUACACACAGGUUGUGGAUUCAACGGCUAGCGCAGCUGCAGGGAUCGUGAAAUACAGUGGCCUGGCUAAACUCUUUCUACACGAGAGACACGUCGAACUUUCUCGAGCGAAAGUCGAAUACCACAUGUUUCCUGCAAACACGUAUUGCAGUGGAGCUGCAUUUGUUUCCAAGUCGGGGGCUACUGAGGAAGACGAUGGAUGGAUCAUUGCUUUUGUGCACGACGAAGAUACAGACAAUUCGCAGGUGUACAUUGUGGAUGCAAAGAACAUUUCAGGAGAAUUGGUGGCCAAAAUUGGUUUGCAGAGUAGAGUUCCUUACGGGUUUCAUGGAAUUUUUUCAUCCUUCGGAUGAUCCAAAUGGAGAACGUCUGCUUUUAUUUUUCAGUGUGAUUUAAGAGUUAUGAUAUGUAUGUAGUUGGGGAUGGGUUUAGAGAGUCAGUACAUGUAAAAUAAGUAGAUUGGACGUGCUUUUAUUUAAUAUAACAAAAUAAAAAUGUAUUAUCCGUUGAUGUAUUAUCGUUUACAAUCGCAUCGUCUGUAAAGAAUUAUAUAAGCUGUUUGAUUGGAAUUGUACUUCAAGGCGGCCAACGCCACUAACUUUUCAACCAAUGAUC